UGUGGAUCUGUAGACGCACGUCAUGACAGGCCGGAGUGGAAGGAGCAGUGAACUUUUCUUAGUUGUAAACUUGGAGACGGAAGAACAUGGAGCACGCCACGAUCAACUGGAACCCGAGAGGAUAGAAAACAGGAUCUGAGCGGAAAGAUGGCACAGCAGGAGGAGCCUCUGUAUGAUUUCCCAGAGCCCGCCCAGCCAUCAAAGCGUAAACUCCUGGGGGUUCAAAGAGGAAGGGGCUCCCUGAGAAGCAUCAGCGUGUUGGACCGUCUCCUGCUUACCGUUCCUGUCUGGCUGCAGCUGUCCAUCAACCCGGCAAACGCGCUGCACAUUCUGCAGAGGGAACCUCCUGGGACGUUCCUGGUAAGAAAGUCGCGCACAUCCCAAAAGAACGUGCUCUGUGUUCGUUUAGCAGAUGACAGUGUGCCGUCGUUUGUUCAGGAGUUUGGCAUCAGGGAAGAGCAGUCCAGUAAGAACAUUAUUCCACCUCUAACCCCAUGUUUUGCUCUGUCUCUGGAAAGUUCGGCCAUCAGCUUUCCAGAUCUCCCUAGACUCAUUUCCUUUUAUUGUGUCAGCAGAGAUGUGCUGCCUUUUCCUCUGGAGCUUCCUGAAGCCAUCGCAAAGGCGUCAUCACACAAGGAGCUCGAGUCCAUCUCCCACAUGGGAAUUGAAUUCUGGCGUUCCCAUCUGAAUGUCCGUGGACCACGGGAUCCUCCUAAGCCCAGAAAAGAGGAGAAGCCAGAUGUUGCAACAUCGGCUCCACCUGUUCUUCUACAGACUAACCGUGCAGCUGAGCCAGACUGUGUUUUCCAACCGGAUGCAGAGAACCAGCUCAGUGCAGCUGAACCCCACUCAAACGGCACUAAAUCUGAUUCAAAUCCAACUCUGUUCCAGGAGUUUUGUCCGAUCAAAACGCGGAGCCCCAGAGAACUGAACUGCAGCUCCGGUCAGGGCGCUCUCUGCUUCAUCAACCCUCUUUUCUUGCAGUCACAGAAUGCUUUCUCCAGAAGGCGCAUGUUCAAACGCAGCUUAAAGAUUCGAGUUUCCACAGAGACGUCAAGCUCGCUCUCCCCUCCGCUCGCUCCGCCACCUCCUCCACCCCUCAUGCCUAAAACCAAAGGGAGAUGUAAAGAUUUAAAAGGAGAGGGAGUCAAACCCAAAGGAGCAGCACUUCAGGUUGAGCAGGAUCCAUCAGUAGAGCUUUAUGUCUGGCCAGAGAUACAGGAAGAGGGCCAAGCAGAGAGCGAGAUGGACCACACUGAAGCCGACAUCAAACAGGAAAUGGCUUUAGCUCAGCUACCAGCCAUAAUGGAGCAUCUUUUAGAUGAUUACAUGCAGCCUUGUUCUGCAGUCAGUGCCCACUCUCCCUCGCUUUCUCCUUACCAGUCACCAACAGUUUCUCCAAGAGCCCCCCCUCUUUUCCCCAAAACGUGUCAUUCCCGCUCUCCUCACUACUCUCCCAGUUCUUCCCCAUCCGUCUCACCUUAUCAGUCCCCGUCUAUAUCCCCCAAAGUGAAACUCUCUCUCUCCCCAUAUGACUCGCCCAGCAUUUCUCCAUCUCUCUCCCCUGUAACCUCUAUGAACUCCUCUUUGCUGUCAGAACAAGUGUGCUGUGAAGAGGCUGGUCCUUCAGGACCAGAUGAGCAGAGAUCAGUGCAGGAGGCUGAGGAUGAAGCAGCACACACGGGUGACGAUGGAGGGGCAAAGGAUUCAGAUGAAAAGAAGGAGAAAGAAGAGAACAACAUGGAUGUAAAGAACGCUGAAGAAGAAAUCUUCAGUUCUGAAAGUACUCUUGAAGAAGCAACAGAGACUCAGUUACCCCAUAAACAGGAAAACAUUUAAAGUGAUUAGCAAGCACCUUAGACUGUUGAUGCAUUUAAAAAUAGUUAAUGUUUUAAACACUUUUCAAGAAUGAGCAGAGAUACCUUAUAGGAAUAAUUAAUAUUUGAGUGACAUGUUUCUUAAAACGUGUUUUAGGUGGUCUUCCUUUUCAAUUAGGGAGCAAGUCAUUUUUUAGUUUAACUCUGUUAAAAUUAGUGACAACAGUUGAAAUGUUUGCAAAAUAAACCCCUCCAUACCAAUCGUUUUCAAUCUGCAAAUAUAGACUCUUGUUCUUGCAAGUUGUAAAUAAAUCAUUCUCAGUUAAA